CUCGGGUCGGGGUGCCGCCUCCUGCCCAUGUGCCCCGGGUCGGGGUGCCCCUUCCCUCCAGGUUCCCCGGGUCGGGGUGCCCCCUUCCCUCCAGGUGCCCCCUUCCCUCCAGUUGCCCCAGGUCAGGGUGCCCCUUCCCUCCAGGUGCCCCAGGUCGGGGUGCCCCCUUCCCUCCAGGUGCCCCAGGCGCACACUUGCCCCUGGUCCAGCUGCUUUGUGCCCCUGGCUGCCCUUAGUCUGCCUGCCCCGUGCCCCCAGCUGACCCCGCCAGGCUGGCAUCUAACCCCACCCCACGGGCAAGGGGCGCGACCCCCCUGCAGCCCUUGGCCCAGCUGCGCCCUGACGCCGCCGUCUGCUCGGCCCCCAGGAGAGCCCCUGCCCACGGAGGACAGGGGGCUGCCCACGGAGCCGGCGGUGCCCAACGGGCACCUACCCAGCGCCCUGCAGAGCCCGGAGCAGGCGGUUGGCGCCCAGCUGCGCCGCAUGGGCGAUGCCUUCGAGCAGGCACAUGACAGGCAGCCCCGGGACACGCUGUGGGGCCACUUUUGCCGCUUCGUGGCCCAGCUGCUGGACACCAUCUGCAACCUGCAGGACGCCAUGAUGCCCAACCAGGACCCCAACUAGCCCCGCGGCCCGGCCCGGGCAAGGAGCCACCAAGUGCACCGGAGCGCCCGCGCACUGCCCUCGCUGACGGUGCCCCCCCCCCGCCCGGGCACUUUCUAUUUAUUUAUUUAUUGCUGGACUGGGUCAGGGCCCCGCACGGGGGGACGUGCAGGGGGGCAACGCAGGCUGGGGAGCAAGGAGAGGGCAGCUAGACACCCCCAUCCUGGGUCCAGGUGGGCGCGGGGUCCGGGCGCAGCUGUAGCACUUUGUAAAUACUGUACAUGGAGCCUGUAUAUAGGGGGGGAGGGGGUGUGGGAGGGGGGCUGUACAUAGGGGGACACGGGAGGGGGCUGUACAUAGGGGACACGCGCUGUACAUGAUCAGUUCCUCCUUUUGUAUGUUUCUUUUCAAUAAAAACGGAUUUCGGCAAAGCUGCGGCUGCUGGUGCUUGUCUGCCGUGGUGGCCCUCGGGCAGUGUGUCCCAGCCCCCUCCCUGCAGGAUUGGGCUGGCAGGAGAGGGGUUAAAGGCAUGGGUGACCCCUCCCUGCUAAGUGCCACUUAGCGAAUUGCUUCCGAAGGCUAAAAAUGGACUUGCGGGCGGGAGCAGCAGGGAUUU